GAAGAGGGCAAAAGAGACGGGGGGGCUGAGUCGGUAUCUCUAAUUUCCUUUUUGCGGAGACUGUAACCUCCCGGAAACGAGAUAAGGGAGAAGGUUCCGUCCCCGGCGAGUCCGCGUCCCCCCGCAGCACUCGGCAGUUGGCGAUGUCCAGUCCUGUCAAUAACAUGGAAGAAAAAAGCAGGAAAUUAAAUUUCACCACAGCCUCUGUGACUCCGAAGGUGUCUCUAUCGCGUUCUGAGGAGUACCUGACCCGGAUCAGCACAGAACUCACCAAUGAGGUCUUGUUCAUGGCUGGAUGCAACGUGAGCCCUGAGCCUACCAACAAAAAACAGACACAGGACCAAGGGACCCAGAUACCUAGACAAGCAUUCUUCACCAAUACCCGAGGCACUGACACCCGCAGCGACAGAAACCGUACCCGCUCCAUGGCACAUCUCCUGCCAUCCCCUCGAGACAAGGGAGCUCUGCCUAGCAACUUGACAUCUGGAGGUUGAGCCCUGACUUUCCGUGGUGCUGCUCUCAGUCCUUCCCUCCCCAGUCCCGUCCCCCCCCCAUCCCCCCACCCCGAUCAUGCCUCAAAGCCUCUUUGAUGACUCUUUUAAACCCUUUGGUGUUCAACAUGGGGUGGUUUCUGGUCAUGAGCCACAGAACCCCAGGGGCCACCAAAGUGCUUCGGACCAUCAUAGACCCCCACUGGCAAGUACACUAUCGCACAGCCGAUGCUUUAAUAAAGAGGCAGAUCACACCACCCACCCCAACCCCUGUGCCAACAACAGUCCUCUGAUGUGCUUUCUCUGGAGCGGAGACGUGGGAGAAGACCCCAUUCGUGGCAGACGUUAGAGCAUAUUGGAAGAGCGUUCGUUCAGGCAGUUACCUAGCAACCGUUAUCAAUUUAUUGGCACAGGGAAAACUUCUGACUCCAAAUCCAACCUUCUGGCCAAACUCUCACCCCUAAAGCUGUAGGUCUGCAGCUCUAGACCGCGGCCGCCCGUGCCUUUGAAGGCCGCCUCUGCCUCAGUGCUCAGACUCCCCAAUGGUGCCCCCUGGGAACACAUCAGGGCCACCACGAGCCAGAAGAUGUGCAGUAGGAUUUGUGCCAUUUGCUUUGAAAUCCCAGUCUGGGAUGAUUGGAGCCUUCUGAGGAAGUCAGUUCACAUCUUGAGACUUAGUUUCCUUCACAGAUGAAGUGGAAUAAUUGUCUCCAUCUCUCAGGGUACUGGUGAAGCUUAAACACAUAAUUCAGGCCAGAGAGCUGACUUUGAGGGCUAGAGCACAUGCUCUGCGUGCAGGGGCCCAGGUCCAACAACUGGCCCCACACAGUUCCACGAGCGUUACCAGGAGCGUUAUCAAGCUACCCUUGAGCAACUUGCUGGGGGAAUUCCUGAGAUCCUACCCCCCCAAAAAAUUUUUUUUAAACCAGCACAUAAUUUAUACAAAGAGUUUAGCACAAGGCUGGGCAGAGUAACUGGCUCCCAUGUUAGAUUGUUAUUGAGAUCAGUUAUUGAGAUCUCUAAAAAACUCAACCAUUUUUUUUUCUUUUUGGGUCACACCUGGCGAUGCAUAGAGGAUACUCCUGGCUCAUACACUGAGGAAUUACUCUUGGUGGUGCUUGGGGGAUCAUAUGGGAUGCUGGGAAUCGAAACCGGGUCAGCCGAGUGCAAGGCAAACGCCCUACCCCUGUGCUAUCACUCCAGCCCCUAAAACUCAACGCUUUUUGAGCAUUUGGGGAUCCUUUCAAGUGUCCACAAAUGAAUGCUUUUGACAUUUUAAUUAGAUAAAAUUCGAUUUGGAGACCUUUGAGACAAACAGGCAAAGAUUUCUUAUGCUAUUCCAAACUAGGUAGAGUAGACAAAGGGCGCCCACAGGAUAUAAAACAUGCUCAGGUUUUAGGCUGCAAAUCUGAGCAAUGCUCGUCAGACACAGAACAGCAAAAAUGCUUAAAUUGUUGAAGGAUGGGGGAAAGAAUGCUACACUUAGAAGGAUAUAAAAAUUCUCCACUGGGGGUUGACUUUUAGGUAAACCCUUCAGGAAACAAAUCCAGAGCUGUUUGCCUCCUGCAGACAGUGGGAGAUUCCUGCCAGGCAGACAGAGACAUGCACCCCAGGCAGAGACAGGGGACUGAGGGACAAGAGAGCUUGUCCCAGGGGCUGGGAGUCAGGAU